CUUUACGGUGGUUCGGCGGGGGUCAGGAUGCCGAAUGGCGAGCGGGGGAGCGGCGAGGUGGAGCUGGCGGGGAAUAGGGGCGCCAGGAGCGGCGGCGGGAGGGACGUAGGCUUGGUGGAGACCGCCGGUGGGCUGCCGCCGGAGAAGCCGAUCAGCCUGACGAGGCUGAUCUUUGCUUGCAUGGUGGCCGGCGGAGUCCAGUACGGUUGGGCUCUGCAGCUGUCGCUGCUCACGCCAUACGUUCAGACACUGGGAAUAUCCCAUGCCCUUUCCUCUCUCAUGUGGCUCUGUGGCCCUAUCGCAGGCUUCUUGGUUCAGCCUUUAGUUGGUUUGUGGAGUGAUAGGUGUCAUUCAGGAUAUGGGAGGAGGAGACCGUUUAUACUUACUGGAUGUCUAUUGAUUUGUGGUGCUGUGGUUGUAAUUGGGUUUUCUUCAGACAUCGGAGUCGCCUUAGGCGAUACCAAGGAGCACUGCAGUGUUUAUCAUGGUGCCCGAUGGCAUGCUGCUAUUGUUUUUGUUGUUGGAUUUUGGGUUCUGGAUUUUUCUAAUAAUGCAGUACAGGGUCCAUCUCGUGCACUUAUGGCUGAUCUCUCAGGUCAUCAUGGAUGCAGUGCAGCAAAUGCAAUAUUCUGCUCAUGGAUGGCUUUUGGGAAUAUCCUAGGAUAUUCUUCUGGUUCUACUAAUGAUUGGCACAAGUGGUUUCCAUUCCUUUUGUCAAAAGCUUGUUGUGAAGCCUGUGCAAAUCUGAAGGGUGCAUUUUUGGUUGCAGUUUUCAUCCUCCUUGCUUGUUUAUCUGUGACGAUGAUCGUUGCUAGAGAAGUUCCGCUAUCUCAAGUCAAUGCGAAACUUCAAUCGAAUGGUGAUCUGGUGAAGAAUGAAGAUGAGCAAGGAGCUGGCAUACUUGCUGCCUUCAAAAGUUUCAAGAAUUUACCUCCUGGAAUGCCUUCAGUUCUUCUUGUCACUGCUCUUACUUGGUUAUCAUGGUUCCCGUUCAUCCUUUACGACACAGAUUGGAUGGGACGAGAAGUUUACCAUGGGAAACCAACUGGAUCGCAGGCUGAGAUUGCUGCUUAUGACCAAGGGGUCAGACAAGGUGCAUUUGGUCUGCUAUUAAACUCGAUUGUUCUUGGGAUUAGUUCUUUCAUGAUUGAACCAUUGUGCCGGAAAUUGAGUGCGAGAAUAGUGUGGGUGAUGAGCAACUUCAUCGUUGCUGUCGGCAUGGCUGCCACUGCAAUCAUAAGCGCAUGGUCCUUGCAUGAUUACCAUGGUUCCGUUCAGGAUGUAGUCACCGCAGAUGGCAGUGUCAGAGCUGUAGCACUUGUUCUAUUUGCAGCUCUCGGAUUCCCCCUAGCCAUAUUGUAUAGUGUUCCUUUCGCAGUUACAGCACAGUUAGCUCAAAAUGGUGGCGGCGGCCAAGGACUCUGCACCGGAGUUUUGAACAUUUCGAUUGUUGUUCCCCAGGUAAUCGUAGCUCUCGGUGCUGGCCCAUGGGAUGCACUCUUUGGAAAGGGGAACAUUCCUGCCUUCGCUCUUGCAUCUGCAGUCGCCUUCGUGUGUGGUGUGGUUGGACUUUUCUUGCUUCCGAAGCUUUCCAAGAGCAACUUCAAAACUUCUGGAGUUGGCGGAAUGCACUGACCUCAAUCAGCCAUCAUGGCUGUUGUCAAGUUUAAAUACCUGGUCAAUCCAUGGAUCGUAGCGUAUUCUCUUUCAGUUGUGUUCUAACAAUCAGGCGUUAGUGUGUGUGAAGGUACUUGUGUUAUGGGCUGUGUUUCGGCCUUUCCCGCUAUCUGCUGGACCAAUAAAGGAGGUCAAGGUGGUGUGAGAAGGCUCAAAGUCCACUGCUGUGAGUCUUUUAUGAAGAAACAAUACGAAAUAAAAAGAGUACAAAGCUUUA